CCUCAGCGCCCGCCCGCCCUGCUGCGCGCCGCGCCGCGCCAAAGUGACGCAACGGACACUCGGCCGGGUCGCCGGGCAGUGACGUCACGCAGGCGCAGCAUGGCGGGCAGCGGCCGCCGGCCCGAGCACCGCGGGCCGCCCGAGCUGUUCUACGAUGAGGCCGAGGCGCGGAAGUACACGCAGAACUCCCGCAUGGUGGAGAUCCAGUCACAGAUGUCGGAGCGCGCCGUGGAGCUGCUGGGGCUGCCCGAGGACCGUGCGUGCCUCCUCCUGGACGUGGGCUGCGGCUCAGGGCUGAGUGGGGAUUACAUCUCUGAGGAGGGUCACUACUGGAUUGGCAUGGACAUCAGCCCUGCCAUGCUGGAUGUGGCCCUGGAGAGGGAGGUGGAAGGAGACCUUCUCCUGGCAGAUGUGGGUCAUGGCAUUCCCUUCAGGCCUGGCAUGUUUGAUGGCUGUAUCAGUAUUUCUGCAGUGCAGUGGCUCUGUAAUGCUGACAAGAAGUCACACAGCCCCCCCAAACGCCUCUACAGAUUCUUCUCCACUCUUUACACUGCCCUGGCCCGAGGAUCCCGAGCUGUGCUGCAGUUGUACCCUGAGAGCUCAGAGCAGCUGGAGCUCAUCACAGCCCAAGCCAUGAGAGCUGGAUUUACAGGGGGAAUGGUGGUGGAUUACCCCAACAGUGCCAAAGCCAAGAAGUUCUUCCUCUGUCUCUUUGUUGGGACAUCUGGCACAUUACCAAAGGGCCUUGGUACCGAAUGUGCCAGUGAAGAGCUGCACCAGGCAAAGUUCACCAAUGAGAGGACACGGUUCAGAAAUGCCAAGGGCAAGUCUGUGAAGAAAAGCCGGGACUGGAUCCUGGAGAAGAAGGAGCGUAGGCGACGCCAGGGCAAGGAGGUGCGAGCAGACACAAAAUACACGGGGCGGAAGCGCCGUCCUCGCUUCUGAACUGCUCUGGACACUGCUGGCACGCAAGGUGGCAUGUGGGUGUCUCCAGAGAGCCUCCUGUGGAUGGCACAGAUGGCAUCCCAUGCCUGGGGACUUGCUGGGACUGCUCAUUGUGGCUCUUAAAGGUACAAACUGGCUCAGGUACUGCCAAACAGCAAAGCUUCCAGGCCUGUUUCCCUGGUGAAGGUGCAGACAGUGCUCUGGCACUGCUGCUGGGCAGUGCUCUACAGUGCCAUCACUUAUCUUCCCGAGUGUAGUGAGCCAGCUGAGCUCCAGGUAAGCCAGGAUGUGAUAUCCAGUUCCUCACUAAAGAGUCAAAGAGUUGAA